AUGUGGAUACUCGUGCUGCUGUGGCCCGUGGUGCUGGGGUUCAGCCUGGAAGAUGAUAGCCAGAACACCCUCACCUACGACGAGAUGGGGAGCACGGAGGCAGAUGGCACAGUGGGGCCCUUGAGCGGGCCCCAGGAGGAGACCCCUCACUCACCCCACCUGCGCAGCUUCCCCGGCCAGCUCCAGGCCAACAGCAGCAACAUUCUGGAGCUCCCAGACAGCUCUCGGGCCCUGCUGCUGGGCUGGGUGUCCACGAGGCUGGUGCCCGCGCUCUACGGGCUGACCCUGCUGGUGGGGCUGCCCGCCAACGGCCUGGCGCUGUGGGUGCUGGCCACCCGGGUGCCGCGGCUGCCCUCCACCAUGCUGCUGAUGAACCUGGCGGCCGCCGACCUCCUGCUGGCCCUGACGCUGCCUCUGCGCGUCGCCUACCACCUGCAGGACCAGCACUGGCCGUUCGGCGAGGCCGCCUGCCGCGCCACCACUGCCGCGCUCUAUGGCCACAUGUACGGCUCCGUGCUGCUGCUGGCCGCCGUCAGCCUGGACCGCUACCUCGGCGUGGUGCACCCGCUCCGGGCCCUCACCCUGCGCGGCAGGCGCCUGGCCGCUGGGCUCUGCGUGGUGGCCUGGCUGGUGGCCGGCGCCCUGGCGCUGCCCCUGGCGCUGCAGCCGCAGACCUUCCAGUUGUCGCACUCGGACCACGUGCUGUGCCAUGACGCGCUGCCCGUGGGCGCCCAGGCCUCCUACUGGCGGCCCACCUUCCUCUGCCUGGCCGUGCUCGGCUGCUUCCUGCCGCUGCUGGUCAUGCUGCUGAGCUACGGGGCCACCCUGUGCGCGCUGGCGGCCGGCGGCCCGCGCUACGGCCACGCACUGAGGCUCACCGCGCUGGUGCUGGCCUCGGCCGUGGCCUUCUUCGUGCCCAGCAACGUACUGCUGUUGCUGCACUACUCGGACCCGCGCCCGGACGCCUGGGGGGACCUGUACGCCGCCUAUGUGCCCAGCCUGGCGCUCAGCACCCUCAACAGCUGCGUGGACCCCUUCAUCUACUACUACGUGUCUGCGGAGUUCAGGGACAAGGUGCGGGAGGGGCUGCUCUGCGUAGCUCGGGGGGCCUCCACCGCCUCCAGGGAGGGGGGCGCCCAGGGAACUCGCACCCGGUCCACCUCACUCGUGUGA